CCCGCCCUCUCGGAGGACAAAGCGGCGCCGGACGGACGCGCGGCCCCGGCCCCGCCCUUGGCGCGCGCCCGGCGCCCCACACGGACACGCGCACAACGGUUGGAAAUGGCGGUUAAGGCGGAGGAGGGGCCGGGGGGAAGCGAACUUUCUCGUUGCUCUGUCUCGAGACACCCGGCUUGCGAAACCGGAGCCGAUGGCGCUUCUCUAGGUCGUCUCCUUUGUCUCGUUCCAUCCCUGACGGCCAGUUACGGGGUCGAAAAAAGACUGUGGCCGGUCCCACGAAACAAAGGAGGGGCACGGCGGGCUCGGGCCAGCCACAGGAACGCUCCCUAAGAUGGCCGCCGCACGGAAGGGUGGGCGGAGCCCUGCUGCUUCCGUCGCGGGCCUGGGCGGGGCGAUGAGUGGCACCCAUGGCGGCGGCGCGGGAGCCCCACGAGCCGGAGAAGAAGCCCUUUAAGCUCCUAGGAAUUUUAGAUGUUGAGAACACUCCCUGUGCUCGAGAAUCUAUACUAUAUGGCUCAUUAGGAUCUGUUGUGGCUGGACUUGGACAUUUCUUGGUGACCAGUAGAAUUAGAAGAUCAUGUGAUGUUGGAGUAGGAGGAUUUAUCCUGGUGACUUUAGGAUGCUGGUACGUUUGCUGUUUGUUCCAAGGUUUACUGUAUCCAUGCUCUCCUAGAACUAGGUUAGUCUUAAACUCAGAUCUGCUCCCCACCCCAAAUGCUAGGAUUAAAGGUGUGCAGCAUCACCGACACUUUGGGAUGGGGUAAUUUCCUCUGUGGUCCUGGCUGACCAUCAUUAUGUAGACCAGGCUCCUCCCCCACUUAGUGUUGCUGGGAUUAAAGGUGUGAGCCAUUAAGGUUCAGCUAAGAAAAAAUUUAAGAUCAAAAUAUACCCUAUGCUAUGGCAAUUCACAAACACCCACUAUCUUCAUGGAGCCCAACCCAGAGAUAUUCAUGUCCCAACAGAUAAUUAAUCUAAGGUGACAAAAAACUUAAAGCAUUUAUAGUCUGACAGGUAGCCAUUUUGGAAAUUUGUAUGGGAUUAAUUAAAAAUCCCUUAGG